AUGGAAGUUAUAGGAAGAUACCCGAAUAUUUCAACUUGUGGAGAUGGUUCUGGUUCAUGCACAGAACCGCGUUUUGAUAAGGCCAUUAUCCUAGUUAUCGACGCCUUGAGGUUUGAUUUCGUCAUACCCGUGCCUUGUUCAAGUAAGAACUACCAUAAUAAUUUCCCAAUUUUACACCAACUAGCGCAAAGGGAUAAUGGUGUGCUUCUCAAGUUCAUAGCAGACCCUCCUACAACCACUUUACAGAGAUUAAAGGGACUUACUACGGGCUCUUUGCCAACAAUUUUAGACGCAGGGUCCAAUUUCAACGGAGAAGCAAUUGAAGAGGAUAACUGGCUUUUGCAAUUGCAUCGCAAAAACAAAACCAUUGCAUUUGUUGGAGACGACACUUGGACUUCCUUAUUCAAUGAGUAUAUCGAUCCCGAGCUCAGUUUCCCUUACGACUCGCUAAAUGUGUGGGAUCUACAUACUGUUGAUAAUGGGGUCAUCAAACACUUGUUCCCCUUAAUAAAAAGCAACAAUUGGGAUAUUUUGAUUGGACAUUUUUUAGGAGUAGACCACGUUGGACAUAGAUUUGGUCCUGAGCAUUAUUCAAUGAAGGAGAAAUUGAACCAGAUGAAUGAGGUGGUUGACAAAGUGGUUAACAAUUUGGACAACAACACUUUACUCGUGAUUAUGGGAGAUCACGGAAUGGACUAUACUGGAAACCAUGGAGGGGAUGCACCAGAUGAAUUGGAAAGCACAUUGUUUAUGUAUUCGAAGGGGGAAAAUAAUAAGUUUUUGAAAAAGCAAAGAGAGAUAUACGACAUUAACGAAAUGGGGAAAAACUAUAGACAAGUGAACCAGAUUGAUUUGGUACCUACAAUUUCCUUACUUUUAGGACUUCCCAUUCCUUUCAACAAUCUUGGCUUCCCCAUAGACGAAGCCUUUGCAUCGUCAAAAACACUUUUAGCUGGGGCUAAUAAAACAAUAGAACAGAUCAAAAGAUUUCGAGACUUGACUCCCAGUUUGGCUAAUACAUUACUUGAUCUGUUUGACGAUUUGGUACAGAAGUACGCAAUGGAGUCAUCGCUGGACUGGAAGAUGGUUGAUGAGUUUAAAAAGUUCCAAUUUGCAUCACUAGAAGAGUGCAAGUCAAUAUGGGCACGGUUUGAUUUGAGAUUAAUAUCCAUAGGGAUUGGUAUCCUAUUUCUUUCCCUAACAUUCAUGAUCACUUAUGCCAGAUCGAUUCCUGCAGUAAGAGUACUGACAAUGUCAUUCGAAUUUAUUGGCUCUGUAAUCGCAAUGACGAUUAUGGGAGUAGUUCUCAGCUUUUCCGUGUUCAUUGUGUUAAAGCCCGGGGGGUUUUCAUUGAAAAUUUGUUUAUUAAUUGGAGCAGCUGUGGGAAUGAUGAUUGGAUUUUGGGCACCAAUCAUGGAUCGCUUUAGCGUAGGGUAUAUUUGGCAACAAACCGUUGACUUUUUCUUGUACAAUUUUGACAGCUGGUCAUUUAUGGGGAUAGUGUUUGUGGCACUUCAUUGUUUGAUAUUCGCUUCAAACUCGUAUGUGGUGUGGGAAGACAAGAUUGUUCAGUAUUUUUUAUUAUCCUUUGGAAGCUGCUGCGUUUUUGCCAUUGGGGUGCGACAAGGUAUUACAAGAAAGGCGAAAAUUUUGGCAAUAAGUCAUGCUGCAACCUUUGUUAUUUUGACAAGACUUUCCGCUAUGAUUAGUGUUUGUCGAGAGGAGCAGAAACCAUACUGUGAAGCAACAUUCAACACACUGUGGUGGUCCAUAGUGAUGCUACAUGCAAUUGCCUAUCUUUUGCCCUCAGCUAUCAAGUCCUUUUACAAGCUAUCAGAUUCAUACUACUCAGCUGCACCAUUAUGGAUAGGUACGUGCCUAAAGUUUUUUUUAUUCAUGAAUGCAACUUACUGGACUUUGGAGUAUUUACUGCAUAGUGAGUCCUACAAGGCUGCAAACUCAAUGAUUGGCGCGCCAUUAAUCAAAUCCUUGAAGCUCGCAAUUGCCAGGUUGGUGUUGUUUGUAUCACUAGUUCUUGCAAACUUUAGUUGGUCUCGAGGCCCGCUCUGUGUGAAAUUGGAGAUAGAGGAAGACAGUGACUUAAAUGCCUCGUACGAUUCAGACGAGAUUCCAAAUCACAAGCCAGCCACUAUUCAUGGUUACGGCAAUGUUUACGGCUCUUCGUAUUUUUUGUUAGUAUUGAACAUAACAGUGGCGGUUAUGCUAACAACAAAACCAUUAGGAGCACUUUCAAUAAGCUUCUUGAUCAUUCAGAUAUUGUCACUUCUUGAAAUCUUUGACACGUUAUCGAUAAGAAAAAACCUUAUUUCACCAAUAAUAUUUGGUUUAUUAGGGUACCACCAUUUUUUCAGCACAGGACAUCAGGCAACACUUCCCUCAAUUCAGUGGGAGCUCGGGUUCAUGACUACAGAGACAAUAGUUUUCCCAUUCACUCACUUAAACAUUGUUUUAAACACAUUUGGACCUUUUUUCAUCAUUGCAUUAUCGGUACCUCUAAUUACACUUUGGAAAGUUGUACCUUCUACCAAGCCCAUCACCGUUUUAUCACAUAUAAUCACCAAUAUUGCAACACUAAUCACGUAUUUUUUGUUCACGGGAUUGAGUAGUCUGAUUUUCGCAGCUCAUUUUAGACGUCAUUUAAUGGUGUGGAAAAUUUUUGCACCAAGGUUCAUGCUUAGUGCCAUGUUGAUUAUCUGUGUCAAUGGUUUUGUAAUCUUGGUUACAUUGUGGGGUACAGGUAGAAUAUUAAAGCAAGUAAAUAGAAUAUUUGGCAAAUAG